GGAUGGUCCCUUGCGCCAGUGGCCGCCGCCCAGAUCGCUACAGGCGUCCUCCCGCCGCGCCUCCCCCUCCCUUACCUUCGAGUCGCCGCGAUCUCCCCCGCGCUCUUGUCCCCUCCCGCGUAGUGCUUGCCUUUGUUCCAGGAAUAGCGCUCCAGGUUCCCGCUGCUGCCGCUGGGCCUCGCUCUGGAGCGCGCCGCCGCCCUCUCUGGCCUGCCCGGCCCCUCCCGUGCACACUUGGCUCUGCCUGCGCUCCAGCUGCAAGCUGGGCUCCGGUUACUCACUGGACAGACCACCCACAGCCCGCCCCCUUGUCGGGCUACCAGGCCUGCAUCGAUGUGCCGGAGACCUGUGCUGCCGCCACCAUCGCCAUCCACCGCAUCCCACCGACAGACUGUGCCCUUGAGUGAUCUGGACACCCCCGGGAGG